AUGACGAAGAAAGUUUUAAAGAGUAAAGUUGCUAAGAGAAAUGACCCGAAGAGUACCAAGAUUAACAAACCUCUACUGAAAUCGAAGCUCAAUCAGAGAUCGAAACACACAAAGGCGCAAAUCGAGAAACUCAAUCAAGACAUGACAAAUAUAGCUGAUAUUCACUCCGAAUUGACCCAGACAGCCGGAGCUAAGAAAGAAGUGAAUGCUCUCAAUGCUGGCAGUCUACGGGAAGAUCUAAAAAGAGAUGAAAUUGUUCAAAAGGAGAGUAUGAAGGCGGAACAGGAUUUGACAAAUCAAUUAGAAAUAAUCACAGGCAUUUCUCUAUAG